CCCGCGCACCGGCCAGCCUUCGCGCGCGGGUCUCCUCUCUCCGGCCAGCGCGGCGCGCCAUGGCCGGCGGCGCGGGCGACCUCUCGCGGGGCCGUUUCGGGGGGCGGCCAGCUCGCCAGGAUCCUGAGCUCGCCGCCCCCGCGGGGGCCGCUGACAGCGGCGCCCGCGCCACGGUUGGGCGGCUGCGGCUGCUGUGGCCCGCUG